GUCCUGACUGGAGUCCAUAGAUGAGAAGGAGCUCUGCCAAGGCUUCAGGGAGACCGCAGACACUUUCUGCAACUACAUUUUCCAGAUGAGCCGCGUGAAAACUGUCAAAGGGGGUGUAGAAGUUACUGGUAGAAUGCUUGGCCACUUGGUCAAGAUGUAUGUGGAGACCAUCUCCCAGGGAAAAGUUCCCUGUCUGGAGAACGUGGUGCUGGCCAUGGCCCAGAUAGAGAACCAGGCAGCGGUGGAGGAGGGGCUGAAGCUGUACCAGAGCUGCAUGGAGCCGCUGAAGACCCGGUUCCCAGUGGACAUGGACCAGAUGUCAGAUCAACACCAACGUGCUGACCAGCAGGCCACCCAAGAGUUCAUGAACCGUUCCUUUAAAGACGAAAAUGGGGAUUUCAGGGAAAUCCUGCACGUAAGAGCAAUGCAAAAUGAUUAUUGCUUAGAUAAACUACAAUACAAUGUGUGUACUUUAGUUGUGGUUGUUUUGUUCUUGUCUGACCUCUUCCAGAAUGGUAUUACGAAGCACUACGAGGAACUUCUGACCCAAAAUGGGGAAGCCUCAGAGAAGAAGUGUCAGGAUCUGCUGAGGGAUCUCUCCGCUCCGGUCUCACAGAAGAUCCAGGACGGGUUCUUUGCCAAACCAGGUGGCUACGAGCUUUACUGUGAUCUCCACGACAAUUUGGUGGCACAGUAUCGUUCCACACCUAACAAAGGAAUCCAGGCUGAGGAGGUUCUGGAGCGGUUCCUGAAGGAGAAGAGUGUUGAGUCCAACUCCAUCUUACAAGCUGACCAGAAACUUACUGACAGCGAGAAGAGGAUCCAUGAGGAGAAGGAGAAAGCUGCUUUGCUGGAGCAGGAGAAGAAAGCUACAGAGAAGAAAUAUGAAGAGAUGGAGCUCAAAAUGGAGGACGAUCGCAGGAGCCAGGAGGAGAAGAUGAAGAAGAUGGAGCAGAAAAUGAAUGAGGAGUUUAGCCAACAGCAGAAGGAGUUCAACAUGGCUUUAGAAUGUAAGCUGAGGCAGCAGAGGGAUCUUCUAGAGAAGGGUCACAAGGAGAAGGCUGACGCAAUGGGGAUGGAAAUAACAGGGUUAAAACAGGAGGUAUCCGGGCUGAAGGGCUAG